CGGAGCGAUAUAGCUGAGCGAAUUUGAUUAUAUAGUCAAAAUCGCUCAGAAAGUUAGUUCAUAUCGCUCUGUGUGUACACAGCCAGCAAUAGCGAUGCGCGUCCCCGCCAGGUCGCUAUCGCUGCUAAAAAUACACUGUGCAGGCAAGUCAAUUUUGGCUAGGUCGCUGGAAAAGAAGAAGCAUCCCCUUGCUUGAAUGAGUUAGCCAAAAUCGCCCAUAGCCAAAAUAGCUGGAAAAGUUAGUCAAAAUCUCUGGUAAAGUUAGUCAAAAUCUCCUACUGCCAGUUCAAAGGAAAUCGCUCAGUCAAAAUCUCUCAUAGUCAAAAUCUCUCCGUGUGUAUGCACCUUUAGAUAGUAUCUGACUGCGAGGAAAAGAUAAAUCUUGGAUAGUGCUACCUAAGUUUCAGCAUCUACUGUACAACAGAAUGUGUUUCUAUUUUCCCAGACUGUCACACGGAUCGCUGAAUGAUUCCAAUAUCACCUCUUUUGCUGUUGACAAAUACAUCUAUGUGGCAAAAAAGUACAGCCCGUAUGUGGAGAUAUGGGAUAAGAAGACUGAAAAACUUUGUGAAGUGCUGGACUGUGCUCAGUUCUUAAAAGAAGAGAUUGUUAAGCAGAGGAAAUUAAAGAAAGAAGAUGCUUAUACUGCUCGGGUAAAGGCCAUGUUUCUACAGAGAAAUACUGCUCUGUGGGUGGGGACCGGUGGAGGACACAUAUUGCUCAUUGAUCUACCAACUCGACGACCGAUACGAAUCAUGUCCAGUUUCUGCGACUCUAUUCGAUGCAUCGUUCCUACUCAACUUGAUAAAGGAAGUGUAAAGAAUGUUCUGCUUGUUUUAGGAUGCCGUUGCACACCACAAAAAGAAAUACAGUGGUUUCUAUCUGCGUGGGAUACUAACUUUCCACAUGAAGUUCAAAACCUUAGAAAACACAAUGAAAUUAGACAAGAGUUGGCAGAAAAAGCAAGAGGAUUAGUAUUAGACUGAUAAACCAGUGUAGAAUCAAAGUCCAUCAGUGCUGCACAAAUUGACUUGUGUUUCAUCUACAAAAAAUGCAUUGAGGUUACUGCAACGUUUUGAACUGCACCAACAGCUGUGGGGAUGUGAAUUAUUAGACUUAGGUUAUAAUGUGUACCACAGUUAAUAGUGUUUGUUUUACCUAUUAGUUGUGCAAAUGUUAGAAAUAUUCUGAAUUUUGCACUCACAGGUACCAGGAAUCUGGAAAUGUGUUGCAUUUUUCACCAUAUCUGCAGUGUUUCAAUUUUAACUGUUAGGUUCUCAUAAGAAAAUGUGUACAAUACUGAAAUAUGGAUUUUGUUUCUUUGAAAAGUAGAAUAGGAAAUUACAAUAUACAUCACUCUAUGCCCACUCUGGUAAAUAGUAUUUUGAAAUGGCCUGGAUUAUAAAUAUUUCGACUGUUUUGAAUUCUAUAAAAAAAAAAAGUUGUUAUGUAAUACCUGUAAAUAUCAUACUACUAUUA